AUGUCCUACACUUCAUACUCUGAAGCGCGAAUGUCGCUUCAUUCAAAGGGCUUCAAACCAAAGCCUCGCAAAUCGAUGCGACCACCCGAGCGCCAGGUCGCCCUUCGAACAGAAUCCAUAGUUCCUGCCAAGACAACUCUCGUGCUCAAGCCAAAUGGGAAUGCCCAGUCCGUCGCGGCAUAUAUAAUCACUACGGAGGAAGAAGAAGAAGAGCUCGUCUACACGGUGUCCGGUCGCAAAUAUGGCGAUCGCGUCUGUCGCGAGUUUCACGAUGCCUCGGGCUUACCCUUGUUCGAACUCCAUACGAAGACCGCGCUUGGUAGACCGUAUUCCUGGUACAUCACUAUGCCGGGAGGUGGUGAUAUCAAGAUCGCUGAGGGAGAGCCGCGAUGGGGGAACAAUAAUAAGAGUAUGAAGUUCUCGUUUCGCAAUAUGGCUGCGAAUGAUACGAAGAGCGAUAGUGAUAAGGAUAUGACCCUGCUUAUAUCACCGUGUGGUGAUAUUAUGGCCCGAUAUGAUAUUGUCGAUGGAGAUAGGAGGAUUGGUGGGGUUUAUGAGAGUAUUCACCAUAACGAUACGUUAGCUCUGCUGCCCAAGUCACGGCGAAAGAGUCUUCGACCUGCUAUGGAUUUGGUGAUUGUGACUGGUGUUGAUUCUUCCUUGGUGGCUGCGAUUGCGAUUAUCAUGUUUGAAUGGACUUAUGGGGCGGAGUAA